UUGCACAUAGGAAUUUAGCUCGAAAUCUAAAAAAACUCUGACAUCUUGCAACCGAUGCUCUGGUUCCCUUUGGCGGAAUCAGGGGGUCAUUCAUCAUAAUUCUUUUCUCGCCUUCUGAAAAAUUUCUCUCUUCCCCCAUUUAUUGUACAUGCACAUAUCUAAAUCUCUCUGUAUGUGUAUGUAUAUGUGUGUAUUCGUGGUGAAAAAAGCAAUCUUGGGGCAUUUGUAACACUGGUUCUUGAUUUGAGGGGGAAAACAUCGAUAAAGAUUGUUUUUUGUUAACUUUUAUUUUUCAAAAUUAUAAUUUUGUCUUUGUGUUUUGGGUGAUGGGAAUGGCGGAAAAGGAAGGGAAAAUGCAGGGGUGGUUGCAUUUGAUUCGUUACAAUCGUAUUGGGUUGCAGUAUUCUCGUAAAAGAUACUUCAUUCUUGAAGAUGACUGCCUAAACAGCUUCAAAUCAAUCCCCACUUCACACACAGAGGAGCCUGUGCGAAGGGCAAUAAUAGACUCCUGCAUUCGUGUUGUGGACAAUGGAAGAGGGAGCCAUCGUAGGAAAUUAUUUUUCAUCUUCACAAUAUAUAAUACUGCAAAUCAUAAUGAUCAGCUUAAGCUUGGGGCAACUAGCUCAGAAGAAGCAGCUAGGUGGAUCCAUGCUUUGCAGGAUGCUGCCGUUAAGACGGUAGAUUUGGUGUCUUGCUCCAAACGAAAAUAUCAGCCUUUCAGCUUGAGUGUUUCGAAAAGAAUGGCAAAAAGGUCUAUUGAUUGGACCUCAGCAUCUUCGGUUCAUAUGGAGGCAAUGACCUCUGAUGUAAUAGCACCUUCACCGUGGGAAAUAUUUGGCUGUCAAAAUGGAUUACGUCUCUUCAAAGAAGCUAAAGACAGAGACUCCAAUGUUCGGCGGUGGGACGAUCAUCCAGCCAUAAUGGCAGUUGGUGUCAUCAACGGAACACCUGAAGCUGUUUUUCGUACUGUCAUGGCUGUAGAUGCCUCAAGGACAGAGUGGGAUUUUUGUUUCCACAAGGGUAGCGUGGUCGAGCAACUUGAUGGGCAUACGGAUAUAGUACACGUUGAACUAUAUAAGCAUUGCCUACCUUGGGCAAUGAAGCGCCGCGACUUGCUGGUGCGACGCUACUGGAGGAGAGAAGACGAUGGCACAUAUGUGAUUCUCUACCAUUCGGUGUUCCAUAAAAAAUGUCAACGUCAAAACAGAUUUGUCCGAGCCUACGUUAAAAGUGGUGGAUACGUGAUCAUUCCUAUGAAUCGAGGCAAGAAAUGUAUUGUGAGAAACAUGCUUUCUGUUGAUUGGAGGUGUUGGAAAUCCUAUCUCAGAAAAGCUUAUUCGAGAUCUGUCACUAUAUGUAUGGUUGGAACAGUUGCAGCCUUAAGAGAAAUGUACAAAACAAAAGAAGAAGGCAAUAUAGAUAUUGAUGUGCCCGAAAUUGAGGAGGAGAUCAAAACAGAAACUGGUUGCAAAAGGGUCCAAAAUGAAACAAACGAGGUGACGCCAGGAUACAACUCCGGUACAUCCAGCAUCUCGGGAAUGAAUGAUAUAGGGGAUGAAUUUUUUGACGUUCCUGCUCCUUCGGACGACGAAGAAGGAUGGCAUUCAAAUACGAAUUCAGAUUCAUGUUAUGUGAACUCGUUCCAACCAAAAUUAUCUUCUACGGCUAACUUUGUGAAAAGGCUGCAAGAUCUUGCAGUCCCGAAAAAAGGUUACACUGGCUUGCAAUCCGUUUCUUGGGGCGAAAGUUUAUCGUGCAGUUAUGGCACAACACUUCCAAGAGAUGCAAAUCUAAAAACGCCUUGUAGCUGCGCAGAAGCAGAUCCUACCUCGUUCCUUAUCCGUGGAAAAACUUAUCUGCACGACCAAAAAAAGAUCAAGGCGAAAGGCGCUUUGAUGCAGUUGGUUGGAGCAGAUUGGAUAAAAUCUAGCAAGCGUGAGGACAAUCUCGCUGGCAGGAGUAAUGGCAUUGUCUCGAACUACGCGGCUGAGGGGAGAUCGGACUUCUUUUUUGUGAUUAAUAUACAGGUUCCGGGCACAACUACGUGCACUUUGGCCCUAUAUUAUAUGCUAAAGAUGCCCCUAAAAGAAACGCCUUUGUUGGAGUGUUUCAUCUAUGGAGACAAUGCUUUUCGAGAUUCGAGAUUCAAGCUUAUCCCAUACAUUUCAAAGGGUUCUUGGAUUGUCAGGCAGAGCGUUGGACGAAAGUCUUGUUUGGUAGGUCAAGCGCUUCAAAUGAACUAUUUUCGCGGAAAAAACUACUUGGAGCUAGGGAUCGACCUCGGGUCAUCAACAGUGGCGAAGGGUGUGGUAGGCCUCGUUCUUGGAUACCUCAACAAUCUUGUCAUAGAAAUGGCAUUUGUAAUACAGGGAGACACAGCGGAGGAGCUGCCGGAGAUUUUAGUCGGGACGUGUCGACUUAACCAUCUGGAUGCAGCAAAGGCAGUUUCUACUGAUGCAAUCGGCAGCAGCAAAAGCUAAAUGCUGCUGGUUUAAACACCAGAUAUUGAUUCAUGUAUAGAUUAUUCAUUUUUAGAGAGAAUUACUUUAGGCUUAGAUAGUUUGUCACCACUUAUUUGAUGGUGUGAGCAAUGAGUUGCAACAAUCCUGUAAACAGUGGCUGUGUGUUUUUUCAAGAAAAAAUCACUAUUGAGUUUCCUGUUUUA